CUCAGUGAGUGGCAGGGUGUCAAUGAGUUGGCUGAGUGUUCUCGGUGGAGUGUACGCGCAGCAGAGGUGACAUUCGUCUGCGUCCUGUGGAUUCUAUGCACCUUCAGUGAAGGUCCUUCACAAUAUCCGGAACAGAAAUGUCUUGUGUACAAACCCAGUAUGCCUCCCUGCCUCAUGACACUUCCUUCAGCUCCGAGUUCCUGAAUCCUGACCUCAGUGCCAAGCUGGCGAUGGACAUCGGUGGUCAGAAGGACCAGCUGUCGGCGUCGUCUCUACCCAGCAUUAACACUCUGGUGGGAAAUGGCUACAUCGGGGAGUUUGAUGCGUAUUCCUGCAAGAUCACCUCGUCUCCGUCGACCCCCACGUUUGCGUUCGGCCACACUGCCGCAGCGGAAAACUCUCAAAUGCAGAAUCAAGCGUUUAAGCUGGACGACGUCCACCUGUACGGGUGCUACCCCGGCUCCUUUGCCCUCAAUCUUGAUGAGACGCUGUCUUCGUGUGGCUCUGACUACUAUGGCAGCCCAGUGUAUUCUGCCUCCUCUCCGUCAACACCGAGCUUUCAGACUCAGGCAGCCUCUGUGUGGGAUUCUCCGUUCAGUCCCUACAACCCGGGCCUCCAUACAUCUCCUCCGUCAUCCGGGGUUGAUAAAACGCCCAUGACACAGCAGCUCUCCUUCUUCACCUUCAGCCCCACACCGGAGGAGCAGUCUCAAAUGGGCCAACAUCCCGACGCUUUGUCUAGUCAGGACGAUCCCUUCUUCCUCCCACCACCGCAGCCCACGUCGUCUCUCCACUGCCCCACCAUGUCCUUGCAGCAUGUGCCUCUUGACCCCUCCAGAGUAGUGGAUGGGCCGAUGACGUCCCCAAAGCUUUACAAUCCAGGAUCAAGUGAAGGGCGCUGUGCAGUGUGCGGAGACAACGCCUCAUGCCAGCAUUACGGAGUCCGUACGUGUGAAGGCUGCAAAGGCUUCUUUAAGCGGACCGUCCAGAAAAAUGCAAAGUACGUUUGCCUCGCCAACAAGGACUGUCCCGUGGACAAGCGAAGAAGGAAUCGUUGCCAAUUCUGCCGGUUCCAGAAAUGUCUCACCGUGGGGAUGGUUAAAGAAGUUGUCCGGACAGACAGUUUGAAAGGCCGCAGAGGACGUUUGCCGUCAAAACCCAAGGCAAUGUCAGAGCCUUCUUCCACGACCCCCAAUGCUGGCAUCAUUGCUUCUCUCGUGAAGGCGCAUUUGGACUCCAAUCCAACCUUUGGAAGACUGGACUACUCCAAGUACAAAGAAACAGAGGAGAACCUUCAAGAAAAGGAGGAUGCUAAUGACAUCAAGCAGUUCUAUGACCUGCUGACUGGUGCUCUGGACGUCAUCAAACGCUGGGCAGAAACAAUACCUGGCUUCACGGAAUUCUGCUCUGAGGACCAGGAGCUUCUGCUUGACUCUGCAUUCGUGGAGCUCUUCAUCCUACGUCUGGCAUACAGGUCGCCUCCAGAAAAGACCAAGCUGAUCUUUUGUAACGGCGUCGUCCUUCACCGGUCCCAGUGUGUUCGCAGUUUCGGAGAUUGGCUUGACUCCAUCACGGAUUUUUCUCAGAACCUUCACCGUAUGAACCUAGACAUCUCAAUGUUCUCCUGCCUGUCGGCUCUCGUCAUCAUCACAGAUCGCCACGGUCUUAAAGAGCCAAAAAGAGUUGAAGACUUCCAGAGCCAUCUCAUCACCAGCUUGAGGGAACAUGUGAGUGGCAACAGGUCAGAUCAGACUCAGCCCAACUAUCUCUCUCGUCUGCUCGGAAAACUCCCGGAGCUGAGGACUCUUUGCACACAAGGCCUGCAACGCAUCUUUUACCUGAAACUGGAGGACUUGGUGCCCCCUCCGCCGAUCGUGGAGAAAAUAUUCAUGGAUACUCUUCCAUUCUGAGGAUUUUUUAUGGUGAAAAUGGUGGAAGAAACGAGCACGUGAGGAUUUGUCAGUCAAUUCUUUAUAUUGCCUGUGUGUUGAGAUACAGCAGUUCGAAAGACCAGCUACAUUUUAAUACAACAAAAUGUGUCAUUAACAAAACUGCGAUUGCUAGUUUAUAUAUGAAUAUAUAUAUUUGUGUGCAUUUACAAUGGAUGCUGUUGUUGAACUGCGCGAAUAUUGUCCUGCUAUGCAAGAAAAACACAACUUAGACAGAGAUCUACAAAAAGGGGUCAUGACCAACCGACAAUAGGCGCCAGGUGCUAAAAGAUGCACCAUGUUGUCUUUGCACACAAGUCUACUCUUCAUGCAUGUUUUUGGUCGGAAACACCAGAGCUGCAACAUGCCCAAAUAAUGUGAGAUUUCAACCCCAGAUGGGAACAACAGACCUGACUACUGUUGGUCCAGCAAAUUACACUUCUACUGCAGGACGUAGACAUGAAUUUAAAAUGCAACCAUGCAAUCUAAAUAGCUUGGCUUCUUGAUCCUUGUGCAACUUCCUGAAUGUUUUUGCUCAAGUAUAAAACAAGUUUGAACCUUUACUAACAAUUCACAAAGGCCUUUUAGCAACAGUUUAAUGGGGCACAUACAUGACGAUGAUCAGGCUUUUUCAGUCCCAGUGUUGCUCCUUCCCGAACAAGAAUGGUGAACUCCCGAUGAUCCUGACUCUUAUGAGAUUAUCCUGUCAGAGACUCCUCAUGUCUCGUGUGUUUUCGUCCUGAUGAUCGACCCUGAAAACGCUCUGGGCAAUCGUAAAUGUUAAAUUUGUUCAAUAUUUACAAACCAAAAUCUUUGUGUUGGGGUAGCGGGUCGUUCCUGACCCGAAUUGUCACGUGGAAUUGAACCAGUCAAGAAGUGAUCCAACAGAGAAACAAGGAGCUUUACUGAAUUGUGCCAAUAAAAACGCACCUUUUUCAUCAUUAAAAGUAAACCUGGCUCCAAUCUGCAGCGUCCUCACCCGGUCCGUCCCUUCAUAUGUCCGGACGGUGCACUUUAGUUCUGCGAUCAAACGUGAUCAUAAGAUUCAUAAGUGAAUGACAGGAUCACCUGGUGCAUGUUGUGAGUUGUGUUUUUGCUUGUUGUGAUGGUUCCACCUUGUUUUAUACCAGUGAUUUCUGGCUAGGACUAUCAGUGACACCACACACAUAACCAUCAACGGAAAAUGUUUUGUUGUGAGGUCUCUGACAGAUUUGAAAAAAACACUUAAGAUUUUGGAAAUCCUUAUGUGUGUGGCCCCUUUAAAUAAUGCAUAAAGCAUAAAAUAAAAUAACGCAGCUCUGCACUGAAAUUGACAGAAUAAAAUGACUGUUAUAUAGUUAUUUUUGAUGCUCGUACUGACCUUACUGCCUUAAAGCAAUCUCAACUCUCUGCCAUAAGUACUGCCAACUUCAACACCGAAUAUAGAGUCAACCAGUAUUAAAAUCACCAAAGCACUCAGUGAAUAAAAAAAAAAGACCCUUGAUGCAUAUGGCAUCGUGGCACACUGAGUAGCACAAGACGAUGUGGAGUGCUGAACAUCUAAUUCGAUCACCACCUCUAAGUGCCUGAGAAAGUUUUGCAGUUUGACAUUAAAGUAGCGGAUCCUAUUCUUUCUUCGGUCUAAAAUAAAAUAAUCAUCAAGUGACAACAGGUGUUUUUGCAGUCCCGUUGAUGUGUUUACGAGGCUGCCACAUUUAUUUCCACAUUUCAGUCAUUCAAGUUUAAUAUAGGUGCGAUGACAUUUCACAGUUGCCUCGUGUACAAUACGCUCGGCCUCCGAAUGAUUUACAUGACUCAACGUUGCCGAGUCACAUGCGUUUACUUGGUGUGGUCCACCAGCUGAAGACCUGUCUCUGCCUGUUCCCGUCCAACAUGCUUCGCAGCAGAUUCAGUUUGUGUUCACCGUGGACUAUUACAUGCUCCCAAUCCCGCAGUUGUGUAAUGUGUUUGUGUACUUUCCUUUUGAGAACAGAGAAAUCUUAAAUCACAGUGGGAUGUGAUGACAACACGAGCAGCUACAGUGUACUGUGGAAUUAAUAUGAAGUAGUACAGUGGCUUUUCUUUUUUGUAAUAUUAAGAUUUUAAAAGGGAAGAAUAUUUGAUAAUGCAUUUUAUAGAAAUCAAAUGUGUUUACUUUCAUUCAGAAAAGUAAUAUAUUUUGUGUGGCUUUUCUAUGACGGUUACUGUACCUGUUCAAAUGUGUUUGAAAAUGGCAUGAAAUACA